GGAGGCAGCAUUGCUCUCACAACGAGCAGACUUCUGGGAACUCCGGCAGUAGAAGAAGAGCAGUGGCGCUGGCUGUUCCGGCUGUGUGCAGGUUCAUCGCGUGUUGUGGGCCGCUCACAGUCAGCGGAAGACGUUUGUCACGCCCGUUCGGACGAUGCCGUGGAGGUGUUGUGUUCCGGGUUGUAAGGGUUACAACGAGGCCAAGUCGAUGGGGGUCGUGUUUCAUGGUCUGCCGACCAGAGACCCGCAGCGCUGCAGGACGUGGCUGAAAGCCAUACAGAACCCCCGAUUAGACGAGAACACGCCGGUCUCCAAGUACAGCGGCGUGCGGGUGUGCAGCCUGCACUUCAAACCCGACGACUACGAGGAGGACUUCCGAGCCAGAAUACUCAACACUGCGCCCAAGCCGAUGCUGAAGAGCGGCGCUGUGCCGUCAGUGUUCCCCGGGAGACAGCGCGGAGAGGCCGGCAGCUCCGGCUCGGCCUCGCCGGCUGCCAAGAGAGGAAGAACGCAGGUGAUCUGUGGAGCUGCAGGCACCUCCUCCCAGCCGCCUCCUCCUCCUCCUCCUCCUCCCGCUGAGGCAGCAGGAGCAUCACAGGAAAGCUUCUGCGUCGUGGUGUCGCUCGACCCUCUGGACCACAGCUUCCCCUCAGAACCAGGGCUCAGCUCCGUUGUGACCUCUGAGGAGUCCGAUGAGGACAUGGACGAGGACUGCACUGUGGUUUACAACCGCAACCUCAUGGAGCUGUUCAGGAUGUGUCAGACAUGUGGGCAGCCUGUAGUGGACAAGCAGGUUUUCCACUCGGGUGCGCAGAUGAGGGUGAAGUGGAGCUGUCGUGGUGGACACUCUGGAACGUGGAAGUCCUCGCCUCACCUCAGAGACGUGCUUCCAUGAAGUCCAGCUGCUUACUGCCACUGGUUUUACUGGACUGUCGUUCACAGAGAUGUCCGAACCGCAUCGGGUGGAUGCUCCACCUCCCUGCUGGACUCCACAGUGGACAGCAUCCUGACUGGAGCAGGUCAGUGGUUCUUGUUCCACCAUGAGACGCUGGUCGGAAAGUCAGCUCAGCAUAAUUAGUUGUCUCAGGACACAUUCCAAACAGAGCAGGACUAGACCGAACCCUUUAAUGUAGUCAACAGUCUUCCCCUGGUGCAGGAUCCAGUAGAAGAGGGACAGCUGACCUGCCGUCAGUUACAGUAAGCGGCCGGUGAUCACGGCUGGGAUGUCCAGGCCGGCACAUUCUUUGUUCCACUGAAGUCUGUCCUCAGUGCUGAUCAGCUUUGUCUUUCUGUUGUCCCUGUAGGUCUUGAAGGUGAGCUGAAUAAGGUGCAGCAUUUCAGCACACUGCAGUUCCGACUGGAGCACAGCACACACUGCAGCUUCAGCAUGUUUCAAGAACGCUUUUCUAUUUUCUAACAAGUAUUUUUAUAAGGCAAACUGGAUCCAGCUGUGAAACCGGUGUAAUAAAGAUUCGGUGUGAAUGUGCUGCUUGUGUCCUCAAUGUGAACAGUUAGAAUUUCCCAUAAUGCAUCACGUGUUGAUUAUUGCCAUGAAAGCCCCCUCAGCUGUCUGCAUUAUUACGUCGAUACUGAGGAAAACUUCAGCACUUUAACAUGUGUGUGUUCGCGUGUGACUGAUGGUGAUGGGUGUAUUCUGUUACCUUUGGCCUGGAGCUGCUGUUCUGAUAAUUGAUUCAAUGUUUGAGUUAAUUUUUAGGUGAAAAUGUAAAAUAUUGUGUGGUUUGAGCUUCUCUGAUGAUGUGCACCUUUUCUGUGUCGUAUCACAGUAAACUGAGUGAUUAGCUGAAGAUGAAAACAGUCAUUGCUUGCUGUCCUACAGUGCGUUUGGGACCAGCAGCGUCCCCCAGUCUUUAUGCUAAGCUAACCAGGUGCUGGCUCAGAGGAGGAAGAGAGUGAGAGUAACGAGGGGUGCAGGUGAUCCUCUUACCAGGCUGGGCCAGCAGCUGAUGCCCACCCUCGUGUGCAGCGGGGUGGAGAGGAGGAUGAGGAGCAGCAGGGUGAAGAGGAAGGCUGUGCAGCUGACAAACUCAAAGAAGUAGAGAGCGGAGCAGCUGGCGCAGCUGGAGAUCACCUCCUCCAGGAUGAAGGCCAUGAAGGACAGCACCUGGUGAGGGACAGAAAACAUCAGUCAAUCAUGUCAUCUCACCAGGAAGUCAGGAGGCAAUAAGACAAAGUCAGACAGACGAGAAACAUCGCGGUGAAUGUGACAACCAAUCGGGAAGAAGAGUCAUCCAGAAAACCAUGUACACAGUGUGUGUACCACUCACAAUGCAAGUGCUGUGGCUGAAUGGCUGAGAUGCUACAUAAAACCAUAAGAUCCUGAGUUCAGUUCCAUAAGGAAGCCUGUCAUUCAGGACCAGCACCAGAGUGGGACCUUCAGAGUGUCUGUAACUGUUCCAACCUGAGCAAUAAAUCCAGUAUAAAAACUCA